ACUGUCCUGUCGGGGUCCCGUCCCCUACCCACCUUAAGUAUCGUGCACCCGCGGCCCCCAUUUUUGAGGUUGUUGUCCUCCCCAAUCAGCUCCUUCCCUGCGACCGGCGGUCUAAACCCUAGAGGAGCCCUAGCCUUCCAAUCGAGGGCUCCCGAGUUCUCUCAAGGGUUUAUGGGUUCCGCGCAUUCUUCGAGCUCCUCUACCUCGGAUGGGAGUAGCGUUGGGAGUCCCGUGAUCCUGAACGUUUAUGAUCUCACUCCGUUGAACGAUUACAUGUUUUGGUUUGGUAUUGGAAUCUUUCAUUCGGGAAUCGAAGUACAUGGUUCGGAGUAUGGGUUUGGAGCCCAUGAUUACCCAACAAGUGGAGUGUUUGAGGUGGAACCAAGGCGCUGCCCAGGUUUUGUCUACAGAUGCUCAAUUCCACUGGGUCAUGUAAACAUGAGUUCCUCGGAAUUUCGGGCAUUCAUGGAAGAUAUUGCUGAAGAUUUCCAUGGUGAUACUUAUCAAGUCAUCUCCAAAAACUGCAAUCACUUUACAGAUGAUAUUUGCUUGAGAUUGACAGGGAGACCAAUUCCUGGAUGGGUUAAUCGGCUUGCGCAUCUUGGUGUCAUGUGCAGUUGUCUACUCCCUGAAAGCUUCCGACAACCAGCAGUUAAACAGAUACGCGAGUACUGUAGUUUGUCAGAAGACGGUCCUGGGUCAUUUUUGAUGAUCACACCCCAUGAUCCCAUAGAAAGUGAUGACAUAGAUCAAGAAAAGGAACUUCUCUCGACGCCUUCUGCUGAGGAGAUGGCCUUUACAAGGGUGGUUCAAAGGUGAUUUGCGGCGUUCCGCCUCUCUCUGAAACCGGCAGAAGUCAUCGUAUUCUUCAGUGGGAAUGUUUGAUACUUUUGUACCACUAUCACGUCGAGGACCAAGCUUGCCAAGGUCAAAUGCAUACAGAAAGUGAUGUAUAUUUUAUUCAAUUGUAGCUUCCACUCAUGUUUCUUUUUUUUUUUCCUUUCUUUUUUUUUUUUUGUUCUUUUUUUGCGCUUCGCGUACGUCUACCAGCGCCGCAGAAGCAUAUCAGUCGAUGGAUAAAUGGAUUGUGUACUGUUGCUUUUACUGUGUACGGCUAACCCACUCGAAUUCUGCAGCCAAUGGAUUCCUGUUUUGAUUUAAUCUAUUUUGUCGCACAACAAUAAUGGUAAAACAUUUUGUCGCCUUGGAUCCAUGUUUCGAGUGGCGCACCAAUGUAUGGGGAUGACUCGAUAAUAUAUGAUAUAACUGAUGCUUUUAUUAGCAA